GGGAAAACAAGGGAUCCCAGUUGAAAAUGUAAGAGGAUUUUUAUUUAGCAGCCACUGAAAAGAGAUUAGGGCGACAGCAGUGGAAGUUAAAUUGUGCUGCAUAUAAAAUGGGCGGGCUAGUCUUUAUAUUAGGUUGGUACAGCCUAUUCUAAAAUAAAAUGGUCUGCGCUUGGACACAGCCUGUGUGCCAUGCGCUUUAAUUACAGGCAGAUUGAGGAGCUAAAACAUAUAUUUUGGAUAAAGACCUUGCUACACAGUCCAGAUUUGUUAGUUUAGUAGAACAUCUUUUUUUUUUUUUUUUUUGUUGCUGACAGACAGAGAGUUCAACUCACUACAGCACCACCAAUGAACAGUGAGAGAGACCUGCGCAUAUCGUCAGCAGCCGCUUCUCCAGCCUCAAGCUAAAAUUCGUCAGAUCUGAGAUCACAGAGGAUUUUUCUCAUUCAGUCCGGCUAGAAAAGAUAUUCACAAAAGUUUGAGGAUAUAGGCAGCAGACACCGAAUAUACCCCGAGUCAUCUGCUCAGUGAAAGGUCCUCAUAUUGCAACUAUGUGUGGACGGAGCAGGACGGCCUUUCUGUGUCUGUGGGCUUGCUUGCUUGUCGCCAACAGCGUACUGGGUGGGAAGAGCUCUGGGCAGAACGGCAUGACAGAUGAACAGAAAGAUAACACUACAGUGUUCACCAAGAUCUUAGACAGCCUUCUGGAUGGCUAUGACAAUCGCCUCAGGCCAGGACUUGGAGAGCGUGUAACUGAAGUCAAGACUGACAUUUUCGUGACUAGUAUUGGGCCAGUUUCGGACCAUGACAUGGAGUACACCAUUGAUGUCUUCUUCAGACAGAGCUGGAAGGAUGAAAGACUAAAGUUCAAAGGCCCCAUGGCCGUGCUGCGUCUCAACAACCUGAUGGCCAGCAAGAUCUGGACUCCUGAUACCUUCUUCCACAAUGGCAAGAAGUCGGUGGCCCACAACAUGACCAUGCCAAACAAGCUGCUGCGAAUUACAGAGGAAGGCACGCUGCUGUAUACCAUGAGGCUUACAGUGAGAGCAGAAUGCCCCAUGCACCUGGAAGACUUCCCUAUGGAUGCCCAUGCUUGUCCACUGAAGUUUGGCAGCUAUGCCUACACUCGAGCGGAAGUGGUGUAUGUGUGGACCAGAGGGGCUGCCCAGUCUGUGGUGGUGGCAGAGGAUGGCUCCAGAUUAAACCAGUAUGAUCUGAUGGGGCAGAGUGUGGAUUCCGGUGUGGUGCAGUCCAGCACAGGAGAGUACGUUGUGAUGACAACCCACUUCCACCUGAAGAGGAAAAUCGGUUACUUUGUGAUCCAGACAUAUUUACCUUGCAUCAUGACUGUCAUCCUCUCCCAAGUGUCUUUCUGGCUCAACAGAGAGUCCGUCCCUGCCAGGACUGUCUUCGGAGUGACCACUGUCCUGACCAUGACCACACUCAGUAUCAGUGCCAGGAACUCUCUCCCUAAAGUGGCCUACGCCACAGCUAUGGAUUGGUUCAUCGCUGUCUGCUAUGCAUUCGUCUUCUCCGCCCUGAUUGAGUUUGCUACAGUCAACUACUUCACCAAGAGGGGUUACGCCUGGGAUGGAAAAAGUGUGGUACCAGAGAAGCAAAAGAAGAAGAAAGAGUCCCUCCUCAAGAAGAACAACACUACAGCCUACCCAGCUGCCACUGCUACAGCCUUCGCCCCCAAUAUUGCCAGGGACCCUGGAUUGGCCACUAUUGCCAAAAGUGCACCACCACCCCCAACUGAGCCCAAGGAGGAGCCAAAGCCCAAGCCUCCAGAGGCCAAGAAAACCUUUAACAGUGUGAGCAAGAUAGACAGGAUUGCCAGAAUAGCCUUCCCUCUGCUCUUUGGAACCUUUAACCUGGUCUACUGGGCAACCUACUUGAAUAAGAAGCCCAAACUGCAGGGGGUCAAUCCACACUAAUCCAUGUUUCAUUCCUUUUAAAUUAUACCUGUAAUUAUUUCAUUUUCUUUCUUAUUCCUCCUUAGAAAAAAAAGAAGAAAAAAAGGUGUUUAUUUUCAGACAAACAUGGUGUCCAUGCUGGUUUGAAUUCCCAGUUGUUGCAUUGCUUCUAUGUUUACCUAAAUUUUGAAGAUUUUGAAAAAACAAAAUAGAGAAAAAAAGAACGAUAACAAUAUGGACUUUUGGAAGGGUGUUGUUCAGGUCUGGGAUGAUGCUAUUAAGAAAAUGCUAAUAUAAAUAUAUAGCCAAGAGAAUGCUAUUCUACAACUGCACAUAGCCCAAACUUGUUAAGGGGCUUUUGUUUCUAUGUUUGUUUUCUUGUUUUUAUUUAUUUGUUUUUUUUAAUUUUUUAAUUUUAUUAUAUUUUAUUCAAACAUGGUAUCACAGACACGGUAAAAGGCACUUGUGUAUAUGCAUGGGCAAGACAUCUUAUUAUUUAUGUUUAUUUAUUUAAAAAAAAACAGAUCAACAUUGACUGAUGGCUUAGUUCAUUUGAUAUCAUCAGCAAAAUGCUAAACGCUCAGUCUCUGUCAAAAUAUGUUCCAUUCUCUGUAGAUGUUUUAUGAGAUUAAUUAUGUCAUUCUUCAAAAUAUGUUAGGGUUUCUGCAAUAGCAAUAAAACAUGUCUCAGUGGACACACCAUUUAUUUAGGGGUCAAAAAAAUAUAUACAAAAAUCCGAUCAUCUCUGUGCUCAGCAUUGAAAAUAUUAAUUUCCUUUCACAGCAUUGUAAAUAUUAUCAAGUGUUAGAGAUGUCAAUAUUAUGUUUAAGCUUUGCAAAAUGUAACUAAAAGGGUAUGUUUAUUGAAUACAUGGAAAAGUAAACUUUUUUUCCAUUUAUUUUUGUUUUUGUUUAUGAUACUUUCUACAAAAAGAGUAUAUACUGGUCUAAUUCACGCUUAAGUGACUGUUUCUCACCAAGUUAGCAUUCCAUUCAAAGCUGCUUUCACAACGAAGUCAAAAUAUUGUUUAACUGUGUGUUUGUGUACACACUGACGGCAACAACAGCAACAACAACAACAACAUCAACCGUGUAAACUGAGAUUGACUAGUUAUGAGUAAGAAUGUAAAAAAAAAAAAAAUCAUCUCAAAUCCUGGUGUGCAUUUUACAUUUAGAAUUAAAACAUUCUGAUUUACAUAUUGUUUUUUUUGUUGUUGUUUUUUUUUUUUUUUUAGAGCGUUUGAUUAUUCAUGAUGGGGCCUCGUUUGCCAAAAACGCCAUUUAUAGCAAAGUACGGUUAGCAUCACUUAAAGAGGGGUGGGGCACAUUGAGAAGGAGAAGAAGUGCCUUUUUCCAACUUCAGAGUUGAAGCUGUGAUGGCUAUUACUUUGUUGAUUGAUGGCGCGUCUGUAUUUUCCAUCCCACUGUGUCCCCCAACCUUGUUUGCCAUAGUCCCCAUCUCCCUUCAGCUGAAAAUUGAGACAUAACACUCAGAAAGUACCAGCUACACUGCCUUCAGUAUCACAUGCCCGUUUGGACUCAUUUGUUGCUGCUUGUUGGUGAGCAACAGCGAGAGACAGGGACAGAGACAGAAAGAGACAAAGAGAGGAAGGAGACGUUGAGUUGAAGUGGCAUUGUAAUCUUACUUUAGCCGGCGCUGUGUUUCGCACAGAGGACUUGUCUUGUAGUUCUACGAUAGUGAUGAAGAUGAAUAUAUUUUUGUAGCAUGAUGUCAAUCCCUCUUCCGAGAAAAACCAACAGAAACUAACGCAAAUGUGAAAAGAAUGCUUUUGUUUUUGUCUAGAACAUUGCUUGCUGUUUUUUUUUUUUUUAAACUUAGUAAAGACACACACUUUAGGGAAAUGCUUCUUCUCUGAUGUGGCACGUUAAGGUUUCUGAACAGUCCAUUUUAAAUUAUGUUAAUGUAGCAAUAUUAAUUAGCAAGGGCUUUUCUUAGGACCUGAACCUGACACUCAGUCUGGGGGUGAUAUCCAUUGUAGCUUUACAUUGACCCCUCCUACUUGUAGUUUCAUCUGUAUGCUGUACAUAGAAAUCUAGGAAAUAUUUAGAUUUGGUCAAAGUUAGCAUUGCAUUGUGCGUCCAUCUGGGGUUCUGAAGCCUUUGGGUCCCACUCUUAACUUUGUUUCGCAAAAUCUCCACAUUUCUUGCCGGAGAGUGGGGGUGCAUUGUACUGCAUCAUCGGUUCUGGGUGUGCUUUCUUUUUUUUCUUUUUUUCCUUUUUUUUUUUUUUGUUUGAAUAUGUUUUACAGGGCACUGACCAGGCCAAAAGGCAUGUUAUAACUCUCUGUGUGUUUGUGCGCUGAGGUGAAGAGAUCACACUAUCGCCAGAGGGAAACUAAAAAGACAUUGGUGGUUGUUGCUAUUGUUAUUAUUUGCGUUAUCAUUAUGACCAAUACUGAACCUAUCCCCCCUAAUGGCAGACGUCUUUGCAAGCAUAUGCAAGCAGUCUACUGUUCACAGCCACUUAACCUACAAGCAGAGGGUCAAGGAACUGAAAAGUUCAGGGUGAAGAGUUGUAUAAAGAUAUUUGAAUUCUAAACUAUUGUAUUUAUGUUUAUUAUCAUGAGGAAAAAAAUAUAUAUACAUAUGUAAAAUACAUAAUGCAUACAGUAUUUGAUUCUAUUACUGAAGAUAUUAGCUAAGACGAUGAUGAAUAUUGUUUGUAUUAUCAACCUAUUGUUAUGCAUUUUGCACAUUUAGAAGAACAAUAACAUCACAUUUAUGUAGUCAGCUUUGUGCUAUGCAAGGACAGCUUUGAACCACAUCACUGACCUUCUCUCCCUGACCAUUGUGUUUCAGAUUCACAAGCUAUUAUAAAAAAAAAAAGAAAUAAAAAAAAAAGCUUGGCUUUUAUAUCAGCUGUGCAAACCAUUAGCUUUUUUUUUUUUUUUCAACCAUGGCUAUACAGGGUGACAACAAAGAAAACAGUGGAUUAUCUCUUGUUUGCGCUUUGGAUUUUUGUCAUUGCUUGAAGGGAAAAUGGCUUUCAUUGUUGAUUGCACUUUUUCUCCAGAGAAAUGCAAUAAAGUGACUGAACUUAAAAAAACAAAAAAAACAACAGGAGCAAAACUGUAACAAGAUCACCUUGUUAAUAAUAUUUCUGUUCACUCCUUGAGCUUGUUUGUCAUUACAGAAAUGGAGGCAGGUGAAAUGUUAUUUUGCUAAAUGGAUCACUUUGUUUUGUUUUCCAAAGCUCAAUGAUAUCAUAGGGAGCGCCACAGAGUUUUGACUUUGACAAGACAAAAGUGAAUUUUGUAGAUUUUUCUCCUGGGAAUAUCUGUGAUGAGCCCCUAUAUCUAGUUCUCCAAGCAGGAUCAAAACCAACGCUAGAGACCAUUUACAAAUACUUUUUGAGCCAGGUCUGGUUUUGCUACACUUAAUGCUCCACAGAGAAGGGAAUGUGAAAUAUGAGGCACAGUGCAAUCGUGAGCUUCCAACUUUUACCUUCACACUCAUAUGCAGAGCAUACAUGUAAAUAUCACAUUUGUAGGCACAUCUGUCAUUUCUUCCAUUAUGUUUGAUGCAAGGUCCAUCGCAGUUCUCAGCAGCACUUGCUUUUCAACACUGAGUUUUUGGUUAUUCCUAGAUACCUACUGGAGUUUUUUCUUGUAUUUUUAUCAAGCAAAAUAUGUUCUGAUUUUCACUGAAAUGUAAAAAAAAAAACGAAUUUUCUAAAGCACAAAAGUUGAUUAGGGAAAGAGAAAUUAGAGUGAGACUGUCUACAUAUGGACAUCGACACCAUACAUACACACGUUCAAGAUGCACACAAACACACACACCCGCAUACUGUACACAGGAAUGUGUUAGUAGUUCAGUGAUACUGACAACGGGUUCUGAUGGAUGUAGAUGAAAUGGUGAACCUUCUGUAAAUGUUUUCUUUUGUUUCUUUUGGUUAUGAUAUGGCCCUGUAGAAUCUGAUUCUCUGCAUUAGUCUUUAAAUAAAAAGAAAACAAAUGAAA